AUGAAAUCCUGCGGAGUAUCUCUCGCUACCGCCGCCGCUGCUUUCGGUGAUGAGGGAAAGAAAAUGGCGGCGGGAAAAGAGAGCUGCGAGAGCAAGGAGGGGUCCUCUUGCUUGACAGCCGAAGAGAGGGAGGCGCUCGGCGGAUUGGACAGCCGUGUCUUCGGGUUCGUGAGGCUUCAUGAAGAUGGCGCCAGGACGAAGACCCUUUUGGGCAAGGCUGUUCGCUGCUACGAAUCUUUAAUCUUAAAAGCUGAAGGAAAAGUGGAGUCUGAUUUCUUUUGUCAGUUAGGUCACUUCAACCUUUUAUUGGAAGAUUAUCCAAAAGCAUUAUCUGCAUAUCAGAGAUACUACAGUUUACAGACUGACUACUGGAAGAAUGCUGCCUUUUUAUAUGGCCUUGGUUUGGUUUACUUCUACUACAAUGCAUUUCACUGGGCAAUUAAAGCAUUUCAGGAGGUGCUUUAUGUUGAUCCCAGUUUUUGUCGAGCCAAGGAAAUUCAUUUACGACUUGGACUUAUGUUCAAAGUGAACACAGACUAUGAAUCUAGUUUAAAGCAUUUUCAGUUAGCUUUGAUUGACUGUAAUCCCUGUACUUUGUCCAGUGUUGAAAUUCAAUUUCAUAUUGCCCACUUGUAUGAAACCCAGAGGAAAUACCAUUCUGCAAAAGAAGCCUAUGAACAACUGUUACAGACAGAAAACCUACCUGCACAAGUAAAAGCAAUUGUUUUACAACAGUUAGGAUGGAUGCAUCAUAAUGUGGAUCUGCUGGGAGACAAAGCCACCAAGGAAAGCUACGCGAUUCAGUAUCUCCAAAAGUCUUUGGAGGCAGAUCCUAAUUCUGGCCAGUCUUGGUAUUUCCUUGGGAGGUGUUAUUCAAGUAUUGGGAAAGUUCAGGAUGCCUUUAUAUCAUACAGGCAAUCUAUUGAUAAAUCAGAGGCAAGUGCAGAUACAUGGUGUUCAAUAGGUGUGCUCUAUCAGCAGCAAAAUCAACCUAUGGAUGCUUUACAGGCUUAUAUUUGUGCUGUACAAUUGGAUCAUGGGCAUGCAGCAGCCUGGAUGGACUUAGGCACUCUCUAUGAAUCCUGCAGCCAACCUCAGGAUGCCAUUAAAUGCUAUUUAAAUGCAACUAGAAGCAAAAGUUGUAAUAAUAGCUCUACACUUGCCGGAAGAAUUAAAUUUUUACAGGCUCAGUUGUGUAACCUUCCACAAGGUAGUCUACAGAAUAAAACUAAAUUACUUCCUAGUAUUGAGGAGGCGUGGAGCCUACCAAUACCUGCAGAGCUUACCUCCAGGCAGGGUGCCAUGAACACAGCACAGCAGGCUUACAAAGCUCAUCAUUCAAAUACUGAACCUGUAUUAGGCCUCAGUCAAAUACCACUUUCACAGCAGUCCUUGCCAGUACAUAUGAUUACUUCUAACCAAGUAGAUGGCCAAUCCAGUCCUGCCAAGAAGAAAAGAACAUCUAGUCCAACAAAGAAUAGUUCUGAGAACUGGAAUAGAACUGUUCCACUUACUCCAGUACAACAGCAAGUUCAUUCAUGGUAUUUGACACCGCAGAAAUUACAGCACUUGGAACAGUUGCGUGCCAAUAGAGAUAAUUUAAAUGCAGCACAGAAACUGAUCCUGGAACAGUUGGAAAGUCAGUUUGUCUUAAUGCAACAAAUGGGACAGACAGGACAAACUACUGGAAUUCCUAAUGGGCCAAUAGCUAACUCAUCACUGCCUACAAACUUUAUCUUUAGCCAGCAACCACAUUCUCCUCUGCCUAGAGAACCUAGUGUCUCUCAACCUGAAGUUCGCUCUGCUUGUUUUGAAAAGCCUUUGUCCAGUGGACCAUUUGCUGGAGGCUAUGCUCCUUUUGGCACAUCAAAAUCACUAGGGAGUACAGACACUAUUUUGGUAGGCAAAAAUUAUGUAACAGGAAGUGGAAGUAAUGGAAAUGUGCCUUACCUGCAGCAAAACAUACUCACUCUACCUCAUAACUGCACAAACCUGACCAGCAGCACAGAAGAGCCAUGGAGAAAACAGCUGUCUAACUCCACUCAGGGGCUUCACAAAGGUCAGAGUUCACAUUUGGCAGGACCUAAUGAUGAACAACCUCCCUUUUCCGCUGGGCCUGCCCAGUAUCUCCAGGCAGCUAGCACUGCUAUUCAGAAACAGACUGGACUUCAAACUCUGCCUAGCAAUUCAGUAACACAGGGAGCUGCUCUCAAUCACCUCUCCUCUCAUAUUCCUACCUCAGGUGGACAACAAGGCAUUACCUUUACCAAAGAGGGCAAACCUUCAGGAAAUCGAUCCUUGGUGCCUGAAAUAAGCAGGCAUGUUGGAGACAAACCUAAUGGCUCUGCUAGUCUCAAAGGACUUUCUAAUCAUGUUCAGCAGUUGAUGGCAGAACCUGUUUGUAGUCCUAACCAUGGAGAUUCCACAUCACCAAAUGUACAGAUUUCAGACAAUCCUCAGGUCUCUGCCUUGUUGGUUGGAAAACCCAGUGACAGUGGGGAUAGUGGAGCCUGUGACAAAGUCAGUAAUUUUCACUCCACUAUUUGUACAAAGACUAAUAAUUCUUUUGCCUCUUCACCCUCUUCAGUCAUUUCUACUGCAACACCUUCUCCAAAAUCCACUGAACAGACAGUUACACACAGUGUUCCCAGCCUUAACAGUCCUCACAGCAGGUUACAUACACUUAAUGGAGAAGGUCUAGAGAACUCACAGAGCUCUAUAAAAACAGACCUGCCUAUAAUUAGCCAAAAAUCUGGUUCUCAUGUUAUACCAUCGAUGUCUGUGUCCAUAUACUCAAGUUCCUCGGAAGUUCUGAAGGCAUGCAGGAAUUUAGGCAAAAAUGGAUUGUCUAAUAGUCAUAUUUUGUUGGAUAAAUGUCCGCCUCCAAGACCACCAACCUCACCUUACCCUCCCUUGCCUAAAGACAAGUUGAAUCCACCCACACCUAGCAUUUAUUUGGAAAAUAAGCGUGAUGCUUUCUUUCCUCCAUUACACCAGUUUUGUACAAAUCCCAAAAACCCUGUUACAGUAAUACGAGGCCUUGCUGGAGCUCUUAAACUAGAUCUUGGACUUUUCUCUACCAAAACUUUGGUAGAAGCUAACAAUGAACAUACUGUAGAGGUGAGGACACAGUUGUUGCAACCAGCAGAUGAAAACUGGGAUCCCACUGGAACUAAGAAAAUCUGGCGUUGUGAAAGUAAUAGAUCUCAUACUACAAUUGCUAAAUAUGCACAAUACCAAGCCUCCUCCUUCCAGGAAUCAUUGAGAGAAGAAAAUGAGAAAAGAACACAACCUAAAGAAUAUUCAGAUACUGAAUCCAUAUCUUCAGAUUCUUCUGGAAGGAGAAGAAAAGGACCUUUUAAAACCAUAAAAUUUGGAACCAACAUUGACCUCUCAGAUGACAAAAAGUGGAAAUUGCAGCUACAUGAGCUGACUAAACUUCCUGCUUUUGUGCGUGUGGUAUCAGCAGGAAACCUUCUAAGCCACCUUGGUCAUACUGUACUGGGCAUGAAUACAGUUCAGCUGUACAUGAAAGUUCCAGGGAGUCGAACACCAGGCCACCAAGAAAAUAACAACUUCUGUUCUGUUAACAUAAAUAUUGGUCCAGGUGAUUGUGAAUGGUUUGUUGUCCCUGAAGAUUAUUGGGGUGUUCUGAAUGACUUUUGUGAAAAAAAUAAUUUGAAUUUCCUGAUGAGUUCUUGGUGGCCCAACCUUGAAGAUCUUUAUGAAGCAAAUGUCCCCGUAUAUAGAUUUAUUCAAAGACCUGGAGAUUUGGUCUGGAUAAAUGCAGGCACUGUGCAUUGGGUUCAGGCUGUUGGCUGGUGCAACAAUAUUGCUUGGAAUGUUGGUCCACUUACAGCCUGCCAAUAUAAAUUGGCAGUGGAACGGUAUGAAUGGAACAAAUUGCAGAGUGUGAAGUCAGUAGUACCCAUGGUGCAUCUUUCUUGGAAUAUGGCACGAAAUAUCAAAGUCUCAGAUCCCAGGCUUUUUGAAAUGAUUAAGUACUGUCUUCUGAAAAUUCUAAAGCAAUGUCAGACACUGAGAGAAGCUCUUACUACAGCAGGAAAAGAAAUAAUAUGGCAUGGGCGGACAAAUGAUGAACCAGCACAUUAUUGUAGCAUUUGUGAGGUGGAGGUUUUUGAUCUCCUUUUUGUCACUAAUGAAAGCAAUUCUCAAAAGACUUACAUAGUACAUUGCCAAGACUGUGCACGAAAAACAAGUGGAACUCUGGACAAUUUUGUGGUGCUAGAACAGUACAGAAUGGAGGACCUGAUACAAGUCUAUGACCAGUUUACAUUAGCUCCUUCAUUGUCAUCAUCCUCUUGAUAUUAUGCCAUGAAUAUUAAAUGACACCUUUUCUGCUCUUGCACCACUGGUUUUGUAGCUGUUCACAAGACUGCUGACUAAAAGCUAUGUCUAUGCAACCUUCCAAGAAUAGUGUUAACCAACUGGGUGUAAGAGAGCACUGCCUCUACUCCAGGACUCUCACAAAGUUGAUCCAGCUGUAACUAAUAAUAAUCACAUGUCUUAUGACAUCUGACAGAACGUGGCAAUGUCAGACAGACUACUGACUUGAAG